CCCGGCCCCGAGAGCUCCCGGCUCCACAAAGGGCUCCGGUGCCCCUUUCCCCCCUUUCCCUGCGGGACUAUUUGCGCAGCUUCCCCUCCGUGCCCCAGACAAUCCCUGCAUCCCACCCUGUGCCACCCCCAGAUGCACUUCGGGGCAGGUAGAAGGGAGAAAAUAAAAGCUGAAAUCCAGCACUGCCUGGUCAAUGCUGGCGAUGUGGGAUGUGGAGUGUUUGAAUGCUUUGAGAACAAUUCCUGUGAGAUCCGAGGCUUACACGAGAUCUGCAUGACCUUCCUGCACAACGCUGGAAAAUUCGAUGCCCAGGGAAAAUCCUUCAUUAAAGACGCUCUGAAGUGUAAGGCUCAUGCCUUGAGGCAUAAAUUCAGCUGCAUCAGCCGUAAGUGCCCUGCCAUUAAAGAGAUGGUGUUCCAGUUACAGCGGGAGUGCUACCUGAAGCAUGACCUCUGCUCUGCUGCCAAGGAGAACGUCCAGGUCAUUGUGGAGAUGAUUCACUUCAAAGACCUGCUGCAGCAUGAGCCUUACGUUGACCUAGUGAACAUCCUGCUCACCUGCGGAGAGGAGGUGAAGAAGGCAAUAACGAGGAGCGUCCAGGCCCAGUGUGAACAGAACUGGGGAAGCCUCUGCUCCAUCCUGAGCUUCUGCACCUCGGCCGUGCACGGAGACGCCGUCCUGGGAGCCGAGAGGAAGGUGGGGGAAGGCGGCAGGGCCGGUGCUGGCCGUGGGGACAUGGUGGCCCACGCCGACCCCGAGCACAGGGAGAGCUCGCGAGCGGCCAAGGGGGAGAGAGGUACCAAGGGCCACUCCAACGCUCGGGUCAAAGCUGGGGGCCACAAUCCCAAAGGGGCCCACGGGAUCCUGGACCGGGCAGACGAACUGUCCGACUUCUCCGACAUCCGGAGGUGAAAAG